AUGAAGUCUGUUGUAAAGGAACUCGGAGACGGUCGGCCGUGGAGCUCGCUCCGAAGCUGUUUCUCGGUCGCCCCGACGUUUGUCCGCCGACCUGGUCAGGUGAUCGUGGGAAUCAUCCCACGUGACCAGGCGAACCAUCACAGGACACGUGAUCUUCUCGUCGUUCUGGGUCAGGUGAUCCCCUGCCACACGACACACCACGUGACUGCCGCUUGCAGUCCCCAGUGCCAACGGCGAGCGGAGUCGCAGGGUCGCAGGUUCGCGCCUCCCGCGAACUCGGGGACGCGAGUGGGAGACGGUCUCACUGUCCAGCCGGACCGAGAGACGGACACUACAACGGAUUUCAUGAGGGCGUUUGAUGGUCGCUGGGCCCUUCUGCCUCCUCUCCGGUUUCUCUCUUCUCUUGACAGUGUCUCCUUUCUCCUUCUGAUCUCGGAUGCCCGUCUCUGCUCCCAGCAGGGCCCCUCCCCCCACCCUGACCCCCGACGUUGGAACCGAUGGAGCGCGUUCCUGGAUCCGGCGACGAGAAGACCCCUUUUUGGUUCCCAACCGAAUGGGCCCCGGGCCCAGACUCUCGCUCGCUCAGGGCAGCGAACUGGAACUCUGGGCCGCUGGACUGCCAGACGGGAGCCACUUAUGGUCGUCUCAUUACGUCCGGGUCGAGCGCUCCGAAUCCCUCGAAGCUCGCGAGGAACCGGGCUGUAUACUUCGCAUGUGGCUCCUUUUUUUUGUUUUUGGGAAGGGGAUUCUCCAGAUGUACCGCGCAUCCAUAUAGUCCGUAUCAUAUACUCCGUCCUAUACGGAUUCUAUAGUGUGACUCUGGGACUUGGUGACCUCGUGGAGGGACCAACCGCCGGAGUAUACGAGAUCUCUAUACCGCAUCUAUACAGCAUCUCAUCUCCAUAUAGCAUCCCCCUUCCCUCUCCCUCUGUCUUUCGUUUGAUAAGAACGUCCCACGUAUCCCACGGGUCCUGUCUCCAGGGUCUCGACCUUGGUCCCAAGCACCGCGACAUCGCGUGGCUCAGAUCCUUUCCUUCUCCAGCACCAGCAGGUGAAGCAGAGGCGAACCCGGACGGAGCCUCUAUUCAUAGCAACCCGGGGGUCCCAUUCCUCGUUCCCCGGUUCCUUCGCCGCUGA